AUGAAAUUAUACUCUCAAGAGCCUUUUCCAAAACAGUUUAGCAUGCUCCUAUGCAAUGAAUAUAAUAUCAAUCGAAAAGCGAUUAAACACUUGGAAACGUUCCCUCGUCAAAUAUUGACACGUGAAGAAGAAAUUGAAAAAUGUACAAAUUUUUUCAUAAAUUAUUAUUUAGAAAAUGGCAGAUUUGAAUCAAUUAAUUUUUGGCAUACACAAUUGAAUCAAUUUUUCUAUAUUGCAAAAGAACGUGUACGACAUACAAUAAAUUUGAUUUGUCCAUUGGUAAAAGGUGUUGAAGAUGAUGAUGAUAUGAAUGGCGAUCGUGAUCUUAAUACAUUAAAAGAUUCAAUGUCUCAUAAUGAAAAUGUUAUCGGAAGAAGAAAUCGCCACGUACCAGAAAGAUACCAGGCUGUUUAA